AUAACUUGAUAACAGAUCGCAAUGGUUUAUUAUUGAUAUUAUGUUCAAUUAGAAAUAAAUAUUAUUCCAUAAAAGCAAUAAAAGUAUUGUCAAAUUAAAUACUUGGAAAAUGGAGGACGUUGCGCGUAUAGCUGUGAUCGAACAAACAAUGAAUGACAUCGAUACAUUUAAUAAAGUUCUUAAUGAACUUUUGCAACAUAUUGAAAAAAUUUUAGAAAAUCCCCAUGACUUGGAGCAACGAAUAUUAAAAAGUUCAUCAUUGAAGAAAGCUAUGGAACACGAAGUUUUCUGUGAAUAUCUAAAAUAUGUGGGAUUUAAACGUGAAAAUAAUGAUUAUAUAUAUCCAAGGGAGCAAAGUUUGGGUAAAUUGAGAUUUGCUCAGGUGGCUCUUAAGAGAAAGAUAUCAAUCUGCUGCGGUUCCAAGCAACAAUUGGAUAUACAAAGGCCUCCAUGUUACAUUAAAAACAAUGAACCAUACCUGAAGCCAGUUUAUUUGGAAACCGCAGUUCCAUUAUUUAACAGAAUAGAGAUGCUUUUCAACAAUGUAUUAAUGUACGAGAAAGAUGAUAUGCAAGAGAAGGCUAGAGAGGUCAUACCUCUUGUCUCUUUGGAACUGAAGGCAAUAGAGAGAGUGAGAGAGCAUCAGAGGAAGUUAAAAAUGGGUGAGGUGAAAGGCGACGAUUUGUCGUUUGAAUUAGCUCUUCUAUUCGAACUGAUGGGCUGGUUCAAGAAUGAAUUCUUUGAGUGGAUAGACAAGCCCGAUUGCGACUUCUGUGGAGGAGAAACUGGCAUCGCCACUGUCGAACAGAGGACUAUGGAAAAAGAGCUGUGUACCGUCGAGGUGUUUAAAUGUAAAAAAUGCGAGCGCGACACGCUGUUCCCGCGGUACAACGACGUGCGCAACUUACUGCGCACGCGCCGCGGCCGCUGCGGGGAGUGGGCCAACUGCUUCGCGCUACUCUGCCGCGCGCUCGGAUAUGACACACGACACGUCUUUGACACAAACGACCAUGUCUGGGUCGAGAUCUUUAACUUGGAGUCUGGGGAGUGGCUGCACGUGGACCCCUGCGAGGGCAUGGUGGACGCGCCGCUGGUGUACAGCUGCGGGUGGGGCACUCGCCUCGCCUACGUGAUCGCCGUGUCGCGAGACGACGUGCAGGACGUCACCUGGCGGUACACUGUCAAGCACAAGCAGGUGAAGUACCGACGCACGCUGUGCGCGGAGUCCGACUUGGUGUGGUGCAUGAUGACGCUGCGUGCUGCUCGCCAGGCGCAGGUGUCGUCCGCGCGCCGGGACUUCCUCGCCAAGCGCACCGUUAAAGAGCUCGUUCUGCUCAUGCAGGAAAAAGAACCGAGUGAUUACGAGAAGAAGGGUCGCAUGUCAGGCGCGCUGGAGUGGCGCGAGGACCGCGGCGAGGUGAGCAGCCACAGCCACACGUUCCACUUCGUGAAGCCCGGCGCCUACAACAUCCAGUACUGCGCCGCCAAGGACGAGUAUCGCGUCUUCUGCGACGGCAAAAAGGAGAACGUCAUCGACUCCUUCCUCGAGGGUGCCUACAAGAGCGAGUACAUCUUCAGGAAAGUGGAAAAAGACUGGAAGCAAGUCUAUUUGGCGAGGAAUGAGCGCGAGGAGAAAGGGCAGAUAUCGUGGAAGCUGGAGGUGGAGUACGAUGACCUGGUGUUGAAGGACCUGGUGCUGGUGGUGUGCGCUACCACCUUCGAGGACGGGUGCGUGCGCUGCUCCGUGCAGUUCGACAGCGAGCCUGCGCAGGACAUCAAGCUCGAGGGUCCAAUAAAGUUCAAGCGGGAGUUCAAGAAGGUGGUGGUGAGUUGCGAGCUGACCGGCGGCUCCGGAGACAACAGGUACCAGCACGCGCAGCUCUUCCGUCAGCCCACCAACGCCAAGGAGUCACUCCUCAAGAUCAUCACUAAUGUCGUCUAUAGAAUUAAUUAAAUUAAUCCACUUGAUAAAAGCCAAAACUCAUCUUCAAUGUAUUCGGCAGAUAGUUAGAGGGAAUGGGAAAUAUAUUUCUGUUCCUCCGUCGAAGCUUAAUUUCACUAUUAAGGAAAAAUGUCAAAUAUUAUAAGUUAAAAUACAUUUAAAGUAGAACGUAUUAGCAGUAGAAAUCUACUGCAGUUAGUUAAUAUUGUCCCUUUUAUUCUCUUUUACACGACAGAGACAGUUUAGGGAGCGUCCACAAAUUACGUGAGGUGUUUUUUUAAUUUUCUGUCCCUCCCUUCCCCCCUGGUGAGAUGUCGUGAGAUUUUUUACAACCUCAUCCUCCAAUCUCACGGGAGAUUUUUCAAAAUGUGAGUUUCUUAAGUAAACGCGUUGGAUUGUCAUUGUAAAAAGAAAAAAAAAUGCUUUGUGC